GUGCUUGUUUCAAAUAAUUUUACACGUUCAGCUGCCGACAGUGUACUCGGUAGGUGCGCCCUAAACAAAGCUGAGUUUGCGAAGCGAGAACACUGGAAAGCGCAUCUUCCAAGUCGGAGAAAAGGUGAACGCGAAGGGACCUCUCGUCAAAUCUGAACUAUGGAGCGCUCAAAACAGAGUCACGACAACCAAGCUGACAGUAGACCGACUACAAACGAAAGUUCUCUUAAUAACGGACACUUUGACAGCUUGGUAAAAAAAGACACCCGGAAUGUGGGAUGUCAAGGGACGGGGACCGCCGGUGAGUCGAGUUCGCACACAGGGUCGUCAGUCGUGGAAAACUGGAAGCAUGAGCGCACCCGAAGUAUAGAAGACAACGAGAUGAGCUUGCCUAGUCUGGCAGCUGCCUACACCACUAUUAUCCGGGGACUCGGGGAAGACCCGCAAAGACAGGGACUUCUCAAAACUCCGUGGAGAGCCGCAACUGCGAUGCAGUUCUUCACCAAGGGAUACCAGGAGAAAAUAAUAGAUGUGCUGAACGAUGCCAUCUUCGACGAGGACCACGAUGAGAUGGUUAUUGUGAAGGACAUCGACAUGUUCUCCAUGUGCGAGCACCACCUGGUGCCCAUAUUUGGCAGGGUCCACAUAGGCUAUCUCCCCAAUAAAAGGGUGCUGGGCCUCAGCAAGCUGGCCAGGAUUGUUGAAAUCUACAGCCGUCGGCUGCAAGUUCAAGAGCGGUUGACCAAACAAAUCGCUGUGGCGAUCACUGAAGCUCUGCAGCCUGCCGGGGUGGGCGUCGUCAUCGAGGCAACUCACAUGUGCAUGGUGAUGAGGGGGGUGCAGAAGAUGAACAGCAAGACUGUGACCAGCACCAUGCUGGGGGUGUUCCGGGAGGACCCCAAGACACGGGACGAGUUCCUCACCCUAAUCAGGAACUGAGAGGGACGGCUGGCCCACGAACCUGCUGCCCAGCCCAGCGCAGCGCAGACCCCUCUCCCUGUCGCCUGCCUGGAGCUAGAGCCGUCCACACAGCAGUUURGGUACGAAGCCUAGAGUCCGGGCUUGCAGAGAGUGUGUGUGUGUGUCUAUCCCUCCACUCCCUUCCAAAUAAUCACACACAUCACAUGGUCGCAUGACAUAGCUGUCUUGUGUGUGUAUCAAAUCAAAAUCAAAUGUAUUUAUAAAGCCCUUCUUACAUCAGCUGAUAUAUCAAAGUGCUGUACAGAA